AUGGCGCAGUCGGCCGCGGUCUGGGGCCCGCUGCCGCCACGCCUUCCGGGCACGUCGGGCCCUCGUCCUCGCGCGGGCCGCGCCGCGCAUCGCAUCGCCAGUCGCGCCCCCCACGUCGCGAGCGCGGAUGCCGACGAGCUGCUCGCCGCGGGGCCGCAGGAUGCCCCGCCGGACUAUUCGAAGAUCGACGGAACGAUUGUCAGCCGCGCAGUGAUGGGACUGUUCAGGGCGAGGAUGGUGGAGACGCUCGGCGAGGACUCCGAGCUGGAGGGGUACGAUGCUAUCAUUGACCUGACCAGAAAACUCAAUGCAAAGUACCCUGAGCCACGUGAUACACAGCUGGCAACGGUCAAACUGCUUGGAAGGCUGUUUCCUUCCUGGCUGCCUGGAGCAUUUGCGGCCAUACUGUCAAAAAACAUUCCCAAAGCAUCAUGCCGGCUGAAUGCAUGGUUUACGGCUUUUUUCUGCCAAUGGCUGAUGGGCCCCAGCGAAGUGAACGAUGUGGACGUCGACGGAGGGCAGGUAGGAGUGAAGCAAGGUGUCAAGAUCGAACGGUGCCGGUACCUUGAGGAGACGGGGUGCGCUGCCAUUUGCAUAAACAGCUGCAAAAUACCUACACAGGAAUUCUUUGCCAAGAACAUGGGCCUUCCCCUGACAAUGACCCCCGACUACAACGACUUCAGCUGCCAGUUCAGCUAUGGGCUCACGCCCGGCCCUGAGUCCGAAGACGAGGCGCUCUCGACGCCAUGUUUCCAGCAGUGCCCAACGAAGCGACGGCACCUCAAGGCGUGCGACAGCAUCGUUCCGAACGCGACCGCCUCAGGGCCCAAGGCGCCAGCCUCAGUGGCGUCCUGA